CGCUAACGGCUUUUCGCGUGUUUUGCUCGAUAUCGAGUACUAGAUUUAACCAUACGCGUUGAUUUUGACAUAAAUUUGUUUCGCAACAAAAGUCGUUUGGAAUAGUAUAUUCUCAGACGCUAAAGAAAUAAGAAUCCUGUUGGAAUCCACGAAAUAUCUUCAAAGUUGCAGUAAUAAUAGCCUGUAUCAUACACAGCCACGCACCAUGUGAGAAUUGAUGAGAACAAUUGAACAACAUAAAAAAAAUGGUUUUCAACAAGAGGGAUCUUGAGAAGGCAUUCUCGCCUAGAAGAGCUAAGAAAUUAACGGAAAAGGUGCAGUUAUCGAGUAGUGAAUCAGUGAAGCCGAGUACAAGUGGCACUGCAAUUAUGUCAACUCAGGAUACUUCUGAAAUAUCCAUCAAAGUAAUCGUCAGAGUCCGUCCACAUAAUGAACGGGAGUUGCAGGAUAAUAGCAGAACGGUAGUCGAAGUCGUUGACGAUAAGAUGUUGAUCUUUGAUCCGAAGGAACACGAGACACCUUUCUUUUUUCACAAUGUAGCGCAAAAAGGUAGAGAUAUGUUGAAAAAGCAGAACAAACAGCUUCAGUUCAUUUUUGACAGGAUUUUCAGCUCAACGGCCACCAAUACUAAUGUGUUCGAAGGAAGCACCAAGAACUUGAUUACCAGUCUCCUCGAUGGCUACAAUUGCUCCGUGUUCGCUUACGGUGCUACUGGCGCUGGUAAAACCCAUACGAUGUUGGGCACGAAAGAGGAUCUUGGUAUUACGUAUCGUACUGUAGCGGAACUCUUCUCCGAGAUCGAAAAACAGACCAAGCAUCGUGAAUUUCACUUGGGCGUAUCUUAUCUGGAAAUAUAUAAUGAGAAUGUGCAAGAUUUACUGCAUAAAUCGGGUCAAUUGCAUUUGAGAGAAGACGGUAGAUGUGGAGUCGUAGUCGCCGGUUUGGAACCAAUCACUAUCCAAAGUGCUGAGGAAUUACUAUCACUCUUGGCAGAGGGUAAUAAAAAUCGCACUCAACAUCCAACAGAUGCAAAUAAGGAAAGUAGUAGAAGCCAUGCGGUUUUCCAAGUAUAUAUCAAGAUAAUUAAUAAGUUAGACAGUCAAGUGCAGCGAGUCAAGCUAUCCAUGAUCGAUUUAGCGGGAUCCGAAAGAGCCUCGGCUACUGGUUGCAAAGGGAUAAGGUUUAAAGAAGGCGCCAACAUUAAUAAAUCUUUAUUGGCCCUUGGAAAUUGUAUAAAUAAUUUAGCGGAUGGUAUAAAACAUAUUCCGUUUAGAGAUUCCAAACUCACAAGGCUACUAAAAGAUUCACUCGGUGGCAAUUGUCGUACUGUUAUGAUAGCUAAUAUUGGUCCCUCCAGCCUUACUUAUGAAGAUACGUAUAAUACCUUAAGAUAUGCAAAUCGUGCGAAGAAAAUCAAAUCGCAUGCCAAAAAGAAUGUGUCUUGCGAAAUGCAUGUUGCUGGCUAUAUCAAAAUAGUGGAGGAACAGAAGAAGGAAAUAGAUAUUUUGAAAUCAAGAUUAGCAGCUUUUGAAAGUGGAACGUUACAAUCAUCGCUAGCAAAUAAACCAAAUAAAUUGAUGUUGGAGAUGCACUGCAGACUCACAAAAUUAUAUGAAAAGAAAAAGGAUUUGAUUGAAAAAUUGCUGACUUUGGAAAGUUCUGAUAAGAUUUUAGCCUGUAGGAUACUUUACAAAAAAGACGCGGAUGAAAGACUGCAUAAUCUAACAACUGUUGGUUGUGUAUCGGUGGAAGAACAAAAUGCUAGUGGAAAAUCUCGUAUUAACAAAUCCUUACAUUAUUUCCAACGUCAAAGAGAUUCUCUUAAAGCGCAAAUGCAAGCGAUAUGGCAGGAAUUAUGUUCAGUCGAGACAGAAAUACAAGAAAUAAAUAUUUCCCAACAGAAAGUUAAAUCUUUCGAUGAGAAUUUACAGAGUAAAUUGUCUUUACAAAUUUCCGACAUUGAAAAAUGUUGGAUUCCUAAUAUGCAGCACCACAUGAAAAAGUUUUGUAAUCUCCUGCAAUGCGAGAGGCAAUCGGUUAACACUAUAAUGAAAGUAAUGAGUAAUACAUUGCAAAAUUAUUAUAAUAUCGUGAAAGGCUAUGGAACAAUGACCGAUAAAAUGCAACUCGAAUUCAAAGAAUUAAUAAAGUUGCUUGAAGGUUUCCGAAAUAUUAAAUGGUCUGACUCAGACACAAUAAACGAUGAGGAAAAUUUCAAUGUGUUUACUUGCUUGAGUAUGAUAGGAAUGGAUCCAUUAAAUAAUCCUAUGCCAGCGGAAUCGGAAAUAUCGGAAACAAAUGAUGACAAGUGCGAUGAUCGCGAUACAAAUAUUUUAAAUUCUACUUUCGAUGCUACUGCAAGCGAAAGGAACAAUGAUAUGGAUAAUAUCACUAAUUUAUGCGAAAGCAAUAGUCAUGAAAAUAAUAUGUUAAAUGACAAAUUUGUGCAAGAAAUUCCCCGUGAGAAGACUAAUUCAAAAAUGACACCAAGGAAACGUAUCCUGUCUGAUAAAAAUAGUGAAAACACCAGCACACCCUCAAAGCAAAUAAAAAAGCAAUUGAUGAAUAAUAAAAGUACUGUACAGAAUGGUCGAGUUGGUAAGGAGAAUAUGAAUAAGCAAAAACCUAUUCAAAUGAGCGCUAAAAGUAUUGCCAUUUUAAAUAAGCUGAAGAGUAACACAACUAAUUUUACACCACUUCCGUCUCGACACAAUAAUGCCGAGGAAAAAACAGAUGUGGCGCUUAAGGUGAUACGUAAUAAAGAAAGGCGCGGCCUUAUGACGACGCAUCCGUAUCAUAAAUAUGUUAUUGGAAAGAGACUUACUCCAGCUCUACCAUCUACCAGAGUUCCAUGGUAAUAUUAGAGAAAAAAUUUGAGAUAUUUUUUCAAUACAACAUUAGAACUUAUGCUAAAUAGUUAUAAUUUUAACAAGGAUCCAUCAAGCAAAUCCGAAU